UUGGACUCUCAGUUACAAAGUUUCAUCCAAGACAUUACAACUCAUAGUCUGCUUGAAAUUUUUUGUUUUGUUUGUUUUUUUUUUUUUUACAAUCUAGUCUACGACAAUGGCGAUUUGUCGUCAGAUUCUGUUUUUUGUUAUUACGGUAGUUUUUUACAAAAACGGGAGUGCCAAUGGAUAUAGCAAGGCCUGGAGUGGCGGAAAUCAUUUUGGACGAGCUCCAAUUCUCGAGAGAUUUUCGUGGCAAGUCUUAGAUUGGGCGUACCCAGAUCCGAUCACAAGGGCUGCGGCAAUCCAAAGUGGAGAUUAUAUGCCGGAAAAUGGACUACCUGUGGGAAUUGAAAUUUGGAAAAAUAAAUUGUUUAUUACUGUUCCGAGAUGGAAGGAUGGAAUUCCAGCAACCUUGAAUUACAUAUCACUGGACACAAACCGCGGUGGUUCACCAAAAUUAACGCCGUAUCCAAACUGGGCUCAGAAUGUUGCUGGAGACUGUGAUAAUGGUCUAACUACCGCGUACAGAAUUCACGCAGACGAGUGUGACCGUCUCUGGGUCCUAGAUACCGGUACAAUCGGUAUCGGAAACACAACCGUACAAGCAUGCCCUUACACACUAAAUAUAUUUGAUUUGAAGACCGAUAAAGUGCUUCGAAAAUAUCGAUUACGACCCGAUGAUAUUAAUCAGAACACAUUUAUAGCUAACAUCGCAGUGGACUUGGGGAAAGGCGGGUGCGAUGACGCGUUUGCUUACAUGUCAGACGAACUGGGAUACGGAUUAAUAAUUUACUCAUGGGAGAACAAUACGUCUUGGAGAGCUACUCACAGUUACUUCAUGCCAGAUCCUCUCAAAGGCGACUACACCAUUGACGGUCUGAACUUCCAAUGGGGUGAAGAGGGAAUAUUCGGUAUGAGCUUGUCCCCGUUGAUGGCAGACGGCUACAGAACUCUGUUCUUCCAUCCUCUGAGCAGCGAAAGGGAGUUCGCAGUAUCCACCAGGAUCCUACGUGAUCCAGUUCUUGCCUUAGAUAGUUAUCACGAAUUCCAGGCAUUGCCAGAAAGAUUCAUGGGCCACUCAACUUCGGAAGUGAUGGACGAGAACGGACUCCAGUUAUUCAAUCUGGUCGAUCAGAAUGCCGUAGGCUGCUGGAAUUCGUUAUUGCCUUAUUCACCGGCUAACCAUGCACUGAUCGCCCGACACGAUGAGGCUAUGAUAUUCCCAGCUGAUGUUAAGAUUCGACGUGGAAUGGUGUGGAUAAUAUCUGACAAAAUGCCACAAUUUUUGAUAACAUCUUUGAACUACACCGAAGUAAACUUCCGAAUACUGACGAUGCCAUUAGCCGACGCAAUUGCCGGGACUGUUUGCGACAAUGCACCAUGGAAAUUUGUGGACAACAACGCACUUUGGUGGGGUCGAUAAUAAAUAAUUAAAUAGAUAAUUUUGUAAAGAUUUGAUACUUGCAGGGGCAUUUAUCAAAAAUGAGCCUGAAUCUAAAUAGCUAAUUUCAAUGAAUUUUAAUG